AUGAUGGAAUCGGAGACAGGAACACCAACCGCGGCGUCAGUGCCGCCGACACCGGAAACACCGGGAGGGCCAUUAUUCUCGUCGGUGAGAAUUGAUUCACUUGAACGCGAGUCUUUUGCAAUGGGGAGGUGCAACAUGUGUAUGCCGGGUGCUAAAAGCAAUGGUUGCAUCGGUGUUCGAAUUCCAAGUAUCUCUCUCACUCAGAAGAUUGGAGCAGAGUUUGUAGGAACAUUCAUACUGAUAUAUGCUGCAACAGCAGGACCAAUAGUGAACAACAAAUACAAUGGAGCCGAAACACUUAUGGGAAAUGCAGCUUGUGCUGGUUUAACAGUCAUGGCAAUUAUUCUCUCAAUCGGCCAUAUCUCUGGUGCACAUCUCAAUCCAUCACUCACCAUUGCGUUCGCAGCGUUUCGCCAUUUUCCGUGGGCACAUGUUCCCGCCUACAUUGCAGCACAAGUCUCUGCAUCCAUCUGCGCUUGCUAUGCUCUCAAAGUUGUUUAUCACCCUUUCCUCUCGGGUGGUGUCACUGUCCCUACUGUUAGUAUUGGACAAGCUUUUGCAACUGAGUUUAUCAUCACUUUUAUCCUCUUGUUCGUUGUCACUGCUGUCGCUACUGAUACUCGCGCGGUUGGUGAAUUGGCUGGCAUUGCUGUUGGAGCAACAGUUGUAGUCAACAUUCUGAUCUCAGGGCCAACGAGUAAUGGUUCGAUGAAUCCAGUUCGCACCUUAGGUCCAGCCGUUGCAGCAGGAAACUACAAACAUAUCUGGAUAUAUUUGGUGGCGCCGACGCUUGGUGCGCUUGCUGGUUCUGGAGUUUACACGCUUGUCAAGCUGCGUGACAACGAAGGUGAAACGGUGCGACCAGUUAGAAGCUUCCGUCGUUAG